AUGGAUUUUCUGAGCGGCAGCAGUGCGGGGCUGAGGUCGGAGAUGCAUGGGGAACAAACCGAGGAAGGUUCAGGAUUAUAUCCUGUUUCUGACUUGAACUUCUCUUUCAUGCUUAACGAAACGAACCAGUCCUUUGGAGAGUACGCUCACUUGUCUGAUUUGGAGAAAAGUGAUUUAUUCGGGGAUGGAUCCGCCGUCCUGAGAAUAAUCAUCUCUGUGAUUUACUCUGUGGUUUGUACCUUGGGGUUGAUAGGAAACAUCCUUGUCUUAUACCUCAUGAAGUCUAAACAAGUAUGGAAGAAAUCGUCCAUUGACCUUUUCGUGACGAGUUUAGCGUUGACUGAUUUCCAGUUUGUAUUAACUCUUCCUUUUUGGGCAGUGGAGAACGCUUUGGACUUCACCUGGCUUUUUGGAAAAGCCAUGUGCAAGAUAGUGUCUUACGUGACAGCGAUGAAUAUGUACGCAAGUGUGUUUUUCCUGACUUCUAUGAGUGUGGCACGGUACUGGUCGGUUGCAUCGGCUCUCAAGAGCAGGCGGCGCCGUCACCGCUGCUGCUCCGCGCGCUUUAUGAGCAUUGUCAUAUGGGUUGCUGCUAUUUCCGCAGCUUUGCCCCAUGCGGUGUUCUCCACAACGGCGACUGUCUCCAACGAGGAACUGUGCCUUGUUAAAUUUCCAGACACUGUUGACGCACAAUUCUGGCUUGGACUUUACCAUAGCCAAAAAGUACUGAUCGGGUUUCUAAUCCCGCUGGGGAUCAUCUCCGUCUGCUACCUGCUGCUUUUGCGCUUCAUCACAUCCAGGAAUGUGAACACCUCCAGCGCAAAGAGACGCUCCAAAGUGACAAGAUCUGUGACUAUAGUGGUUCUGUCAUUCUUCCUCUGUUGGUUGCCGAACCAGGCACUAACGGCGUGGGGGAUUCUCAUAAAACUCAACGUUGUGCAUUUCAGUUGGGCAUAUUACACCACGCAGGCAUAUGUAUUCCCAGUGUCUGUCUGUUUGGCGCACUCUAACAGCUGUCUAAACCCCAUAUUGUAUUGUCUAAUGAGAAGAGAGUUCAGAAAGGCUUUGAAAAAACUUUUUUGGCAAAUAACUUAUCCAUCCGUGACCAACAUGAGACCAUUUACGGCGACGACCAAGCCAGAGCAAGACGAGCAUGGACACGCGUUGGUACCGUUGGUACCGUUAAGUCCGGCAGAGCCAGCUUUGGUUUUCUAUCCACCUGGUGUUGUCAUUUACAAUGUGAGAAACAAUAUGCUCCCGAACAGUACGUAGCCUGUCUUAAUACAUGUAGCCUACCAAGCUGUCAACGGUGCCAAGUCGACGUGUUUGC